UUAUGAAUUAUUUCAAUAGUGAAGGUUACGGGCUACCAAUUCGGGAGACCAGUUCAUUUAAAUGCAAAAAGUGGACCUUGUUUGCAUUAUGCGUAAUUGGGAUAUGACUGGUAAAGCCAUGGGUCUACUAAUUCUACUAAUCGUAGUGGUGGGCAUAGUAUUAAUGGUGGUGCCCUCUAUUGGCUUAGUAGCCACCUAUAAGGAGCACUACGGAAUGGCUAUGGCAUUUGCCGUGCUAAUGACCUUGACCUCUAUAUCAACAUUCUCGGCGCUAUUCCGAGAUAUUACAUACCUGUCCACCCUGGUAUAUAAUCUCAUUGUAACCGCCCUGGCCUACUCAUUCGCUAUGGAUUGCAAUAAGAUCAGACUGAACAGGGAGGUCGGCAGGUUCCCGGUCAUUCAACAGACUCCCUACGCUAUUAGACAGUUGGAG